UCGGGGUCGGCGGUGGGCCGCGCGGCUCGCAUCCGCCUAGACCGCCCGACAGGCCGCUGAGGCCGGCGGUUUUGGCGCGGAGCCGCUGUGGUCCUGCUGGGAGGGCGCGUGCGCGGGGUGUUCGUGGCCACUGUGCUCGCCUGUCCUGCAGUGUGCAAGCGGCCUUUGUGACUUUUGUCCCAAAGGAAAAGAGUUUCUGCUGCUGGGAGUGGCCCAGACUCCGCCGCGUUACUCGCAGCCUCAGGGACCCGGCCGAUUCAUAAGUUGUACUGAAGUGAUCAAAUUUCCCAGUAGGUAGACUUCACCGUCACUCUCCCAGGAUGGCAACCAUUGACUUGACCCAUGAUCUUCUUUCUAGGAAUCCUUUCUCCCAUCCUGAGGAAAACACAGAGGUGGAAGGGAUGGUGGCUGUCAGGCCGAAAAAUUAUAAUCAGAUUGCAGUGACCUUUGACGACGUGGCAUUGGACUUCACCCAGGAGGAGUGGAUAUUACUGGACCUUGCUCAGAGAAACCUAUACAGAAACGUGAUGCUGGAGAACUACCAGAACCUGGUCACAGUAGGAUAUCAACAGUCAAAACCCAGCCUAGUAGCUAGGUUGGAACAAGAAGAGUUGAGGACAGUGGAGAAAGGAGUUUUCCCAGAAUGGCAAACUCAACAUCAAAGCAAAGAGUCACCAUCUCUCCAGGAUUUGGGGGAAGGAAAAACAGCCAGAGAAAUUCAAAAAGAAAGGACCCACCAGGGAGCAGAGCUCUCUGAGUAUGAGCAAAGUGGGAAAAUCUUAAGCCAACACUUACUCCUUAAGACACACAUGAGAACGGAAAAUAGAGAGAACACUUUUGAGCAUACUCAGUAUGCCAACAGCUUCUGUCCUCUGCAAAAGGAAAGCUCUACGAGAGAGAAGCUUUCUGAAUUGAGUCAGGGUGGUAAAGUCUUCCACCUGACUCCAUACAGCAUGUAUGAGAGAACCAGUCUGGCAGAGAAGCCUUCUGAAAAUAGUGGCUGUGGGAUGACGUUCAUUAGUCAUUCCCACUUUCAGACACAGGGGAGAAGUCACGGUGGAGGAGACCUCGAUGAAUGGAUGCUUCCAUUUCCAGGGAUCUCAGUUCCCUCAACAGGUCACCCUGUGUAUAUGCAAAUGCACACGGUUAGAGACCCCUAUGAAUGUAGGGAGUGUGGGAAGUGUUACGCAAAUGUGAAACGUCUCAAUAAACACAUCAGUCGAUUUCACGCUGGAAUAAAACCAUUUGUAUGUAGCAAAUGUGGAAAAUCUUUCUACACUUCUUCACACCUUUAUAUACAUUUUAUGAUUCACACUGGAGAGAAGCCCUAUGAAUGUAAAGAAUGCGGGAAACACUUCCAGUGGCCCUCAAUGCUUCGUAAUCAUGUUCAAACUCACACUGGUGAGAAGCCUUAUAAAUGUAUGAUAUGUGGGAAAGCCCUCAGUAGUUCCUCAUAUCUUAAUCAUCAUUUGAGAAUUCAUACUGGAGAGAAGCCCUUUGAAUGUCAGGAAUGUGGGAAAUGCUUUGCUUGGAUUUCAGGCUUUCGUAGACAUGUUCAAACUCACAGUGGUGAGAAGCCCUAUAAAUGUAAGGAAUGCGGGAAAGCCCUCAGUAGUUCCUCAAUUCUUAAAGCACAUUUGAGAAUUCACACUGGAGAGAGGCCAUAUAAAUGCAAGGAAUGUGGGAAAGCCUUCAUUAACUCCUCACGACUUAAUGAACAUUUGAGAAUCCACACUGGAGAGAAACCCUAUGAAUGCAAAGAAUGUGGGAAAUCCUUCCAUCUUUCUUCAAGCUUAGUUGGACAUUUAACAGUUCACACUGGAGCGAAACCCUAUCAAUGUAAGGAAUGUGGAAAAGCUUUUGCUUGGCCCUCAUUCCUUAAAAAACAUUUACGAACUCACAAUGGAUAGAAGACCUAGGAAGUGGUGAACGUGGGAAAUUCCAUUUGAGAACUCACACUAGAGCGAAGCCCUGUGAGUGUAUGGAAUGUGGGAAAGCCUACACCACUUCCACAUCUGUAAAUACACAUUUGAAGUCCCACUGGAGACAAGUCCUUUGAAUGUACACACUGACUGAAGGCCUUCACUGUUUCCUCAAGCCUAACUCAACAUGUAAAAAUUGACCCCAGAGAGAAACUGUGAAUGUAAAGAAUGUGAUAAAGCCUUCACAUUGUUGUCAUGACUUACUAAAACGCCUAAAAAUGCACAAUGGAUAGAAGACUUACAUACAUGAUAAACGUGGGAAAGCCUCAGUUUUUCCAGUUCAUUUCAAAAACACGAAAGAAGCCACAUUGGAGGGAUACCGACUGAAUAUGAGAAAUGUGGGAAAGUCUACAGGUGUCCCAUUGAAUACAUGGAAGAACUCCCUAACUAGAUCUUGUAUGAAGUUAGCAACGUUGGAAAGCAAUCAGGACACCCUACAACCCACGCUGGAACAACAGUGAAGUUGUUCAAUGUGUAAGAGACGUGUGGAACUCCGCUAAUAGGGUGGUUUUGUAGACCUGUGAACAUGUGCCGCUCUACUCCCACUAUUUUUGGGAAUAUUUUGGCUUUCUUUAUUCAGCUGUCUGUGCUAUGCUAGUCAAGUUUCUACACCAGGUUGCAGUCUAGACCCAUGUGAGACUAGCAGUUUUAGACUUAAUGCUAUUCAAACCACCUGGGUUCUCUAGUUGUAUGGACCUUGUCUAAUACUGUGAAGAUGGUGACCACUUGAAUUAGUUCACUGCUCAUGGAAUCCAUCUGUAUUCCCUCCUGCUGGCCAAGGUGGGUGACAUAUGUCUCUAAAUUUUCUGGAAAUGCUCUUGUCCCUCUCACACUUGAUCCCUUUGGGUCAGGAAAGACUUUAGGAAUGGUGUGGGUAUACAUCCUAAUUUCAUGGUCCUAGAAGGAGAGCAAGACUCCCAGUAGUAGGGAAGGAAAUAUUGUGUUAAUUUUUGGUAGCUUCCCAGUGAGAGGCUGGGAAUGGAGAAUGUUCUCUUUGUUCUUACAUCACCACAUCCUGGAAGAACAAUUAUGCCAUUUGUGUGUGUGUUCAGGAACAACUGCAUCUGGCAUGUGACUUGGUUAGUUUCUCAUCCUUUUGUAUGCUAUAAAACACAAAACCAUGUGAUUAUGGCAGGUCCUGGUAUCCUGAUGUACUUGAUGCAUCACUGGCAGUUCUUGAAAGUGGUCUUUGGAUAGAGACACAGACCAUCACAACCUAGUUUCAAUUUUGUGUGAACACAUUCAUUAUACCUGUGACACUUGAGUAGCCUUUGGUUAUGUUGUGGGUGGCCGUGGAGGCUGCAGCUGCUUAAUGUCACUUCCUAUGGGGCUUAAUGAAACCAGUGUAGAACAUUCCGGAUCAAGCUUAAUGAUAAAUCCUGAUCAGAAGUGACCUGGGCACAUUUGUGGUAUGUUUGUGUUUGGAUGAGAUUGGGUUACAGUGUGAUUCUCUUGGGUAUGGGUGUGGUCUUCACUGCUUUGAGUGGGUUGUAGCAUAUAAUACAUUGGCCUUCCUUAGGUGACAUCAUUAGUCAUCUCAAAGCCUGCAUGUCUUACCUAACGGAACUUGUUCACAGUCAAAUGAGACUAAGUCCUUGACUUCACAGUUGAGGUCAGUACUGCAGGUUGGCCUUAUCUAACUACUUGGACUAGUAGUAACAGCGUUAUUAAGUGCUGCAUGAGAUAAGUCAAACAGGUGAGCUCCGAAUCUCUGGUAUUAGUGGAUAACAAAGUUGUAUAUGAAGUGGAAAAAGUGCCAGAAGUCUGUUUAUUUUUCAUGUUUUCUUAAUGAAAAGUUCUUAGUUUUGUGAGUCAGAUUUAUAAUUUUCUCAUGUAUCCAGAUAUUUUGUUGUACCUUGUUUAUAUAUAUUCUGCGAUCUCAUAUUUUUGUAUUUAUGUAACCCAUCUGAAGUACUUUAAUGUAUGGUAUGACUCUGUGUCUGAUUGUUUCUCUUGCUUAGAUAUCAAAAUUACCUGGACCAUUUAUUGAAAAGAUAAUCUUUCUUUUUGUCUCUAUAGUGCCACUUCUGUCAUUGCUUAGAUUUCCAUAUAUUUGUGUGUUUCUAAGUAUGAUUAAUUGAUUUUCCAAUGUUGAACCAAUCUUGUAAUGAUAGAAAAGACUCAAUUUGGAUAUAAUGAA